AUGCUUCCCCGCAAGAUAUUGUUGCGUCUUACUCAAUGGCUGGACCCUAUAUCCGUCGUCCAUUUAUCAAGCACUUGCAAGGAUUUCAAGGCGGUCCUACGAGAAAAGUAUACCUUGGCAGCCCUGAACCAUGCAACUACUGUAUGCAAAUAUGUAUAUGUUUAUAGGGGUUUGGAUGAAAAUAUUUUCAGACGUGCUACAUCCGAGGAUACCGACAGAGACAACAUGGCAAGGUUACCUCGACUAGAAGCCCUUAUCACAAAUAAUGACCGGAACCUUGUCGAGAAGUAUAUCGACGCAGGCAUCGAUCCCAAUAUGGAAAUAUGGGGACACGGAUCGGGAUCAUUAUUGCUACGAGCUGGCCGAUGUACUAGGAUUGAUAUUAUCGAAAUGCUACUCGGAAAGGGGGCCGAACCCCGGCAGACACUUUGGUCAUCGCCAUCGGAAUGGUCUAUACUGGAUGAGCUGGCGAACUGGCAUCAGUACAACUUAUACUCGACGCAUUGGAAAGAAACAACUCUACUCUUCCUUGGGUGUGGUGUCAUCUUCUCAAGCCUGAAAAUGGCCGAGCAGCUAUGUGGCAUGCAAGACGCGCCACAUGUCCUUGAGGUUGCGCUUGGACAGGGCCUGAGUAUCCACCACACAUUUAGGGAAGUGGAUACAAAUCACGAUGGCAUAACUGUAGAGCGCGAAAAUAUAUCUUGGUUGCACGCUGCUGUUCCUAAAGGCACUCCUGAGAUGAUAAAGCACAUACUCGACCGAGCGCCAGAACAAUUGACUGCUCUUGAGAUUGUUCACACAACCAAGAUACCUUGGUAUAUGCUCUGGCAUUCAACAGGCAACCAUAUGCUAUAUCGAUUUGACACUCAUCGAAACCGAUCGCCCCUAGAUCUAGCAGUUGAAAGGGGCAAGGACAAGAUUGUUGGGUAUUUACUCGAUCUGGGAAUUAAACCUACUUUCGAAACCCUGGAAGGUGCAAUCAAGCUGGCCAAUAGGAAACAAGACAAGUUCUACUGGAAUUGUCGACUUGACCCUAUGGAAUGGUUAGAAUGGAAGCUCCAAUGGGUUGAUUUGGUGCAGAUAAUUGCAAGUAAGCUCGACAUUGACGGCGCAGAGGCUACUUCGCUCUUUGAGCGAAUCUUAGAUUAUGCCUCUUGGGCCGCUCGACCCGGUGGUGAAGAUGAUGGAAGAUUAUAUCUGUCUGGCCUAUUAAAGAAGCUGAGCCCCCGUACCCAGUUACUCUAUGCAGACCGACUUGCGUUUGAUGAUUAUGAAAAUAGCUUGACUGAAGCGAGAAAGAAACUCAAAGAGCUCGCGGGAGAAAUUGAUCAAUCGAACUCCGAGUGUUGGCAAGCUUGGAGGAAUAAGGUAUCGAGAUAUGGGUCUAUCAACGAUGGAGUGCUCGAGAGGUAUCAUGAAAUGCUCGAGGACAUUGAGGACCAUGUGGAAGAACUAAAGUUUGCCGAGAAAAAACUCCAGUAUAUUGCAAGGCAAGUGAAAGGGCUCGAAGAGAUCCUGCAAUUAAGGCGUGAGUCUACCUUGGAUUUGCCAUAG